GAACGGAAAUGGGCGUCCCGAGCCGCGGUGCGGCCCCUGGCUCGGUGCUGCUGCCGCGGGUGGGGUAACGCGCUCCGGCGUGGGCGCCACUCGGCUCCGGCCUCCGGGGGAGGUAGAAGACAAUGAAGAGGCCCUGAGGGCUGCCCGUGUUAAAGCCAUGGCACUGAAACAAGUCUCCAGCAACAAAUGCUUUGAGGGUUUCCAGAAGGUGUUUGAACAUGACAGUGCAGAGCUAAAAUGCAAAAUGAAAUUUGGAAUCUACUUGCCUCCAAAAGCUGAAACUGGAAAGUGUCCUGUGCUAUAUUGGCUCUCAGGGUUGACUUGCACAGAACAGAAUUUUAUAACAAAAGCUGGUUUUCAUCAAGCUGCAGCUGAACAUGGCCUCAUUGUAGUUGCACCAGACACAAGCCCACGUGGCUGCAAUGUUGAAGGAGAAGACGAAAGCUGGGAUUUUGGCACCGGUGCUGGUUUUUAUGUGGAUGCCACUGAAGACCCUUGGAAAACAAACUAUAGGAUGUAUUCCUACAUAAAGGAUGAGCUGCCUAAACUAAUAAAUGCCAAUUUUCCAACUGACCCUGAACGGAUGUCUAUUUUUGGGCAUUCCAUGGGAGGUCAUGGAGCUCUUAUUCUUGCUCUGAAGAAUCCUGGAAAGUACAAAUCCGUAUCAGCUUUUGCUCCUAUCUGCAACCCGAUGCAGUGUCAGUGGGGGAAGAAAGCCCUUGGUGGAUAUCUGGGAUCAGAUGCAAGUAAAUGGGAGGCAUAUGAUGCUACACAACUUGUGAAGUCCUAUCCAGACUCUCACCUGGACAUCUUGAUUGACCAAGGCAAGGACGACCAGUUCCUGUCAGCAGGCCAGUUACUGCCGGACAACUUCAUCGCCGCCUGCACAGAGCGGAAAAUCCCAGUCGUCUUCAGACUGCAGCAGGGUUAUGAUCACAGCUAUUUUUUCAUUGCUACAUUUAUUAAUGACCACAUCAAACACCACGCAAAAUACCUCAAUGCUUGAACCAUUUGGAUAGAAGCAUCAUCUGUCCAAUGUGAAUCGAAGGAUAGAGGUGAACUAAAAAAAAUCAUUUGCUGAAGUAGUGUCUGUAACAUGAAGCUCUUCUGAUUGUACUUCUAAGAAAAAUAAAAGUCCCCCUUUGUUUGC